CCUAAAAACGGCGCAGUGCGUCCCGGGCCUGUCGAGGAAAGCGCUUGAGUGCAGCGCAGCACAUACUUUGUCUGCUCAUGAAGCUUUCUCACCUCACCCACAGAUCACCCACAGGUGCAGGGCGCCUGCUAUCAGACAGAGUUCAGACAGAGUGUGAGGAAAACCCCAGCUAAUAGCUCACACAAAGAUCCCACUCAACCACAAUUGGCCGGCACAGGUUGACUCGACCCCACCUUUCGCUCUGCCCCCCGGUCAUCCCCCCGUGGGCCCCUCCUUGCCCGCCUCCAUCCAACAAGCACAACGCACCCGACGCCCGCAUCUCACCCGGGAAGCGGUUCAAAAAGCGGGAGAAGAAGAACAGGCUCGGCGGCUACGAAACGUCGUCGCGUGGGUUCCCCUCUCCUCCUGCCCUCUCGCUCGUCCAUCAAACGACCGAAACACAUCCAGAAGGUGGGGUUGGACCUGCCAGCGAAGCACCUUUUACUCGUUCCAUCGUCGCUGCACGUUGCUGCAUACCUACCUAAGCACCCAGCACAGCCUCGCUCUCCAAAGCACUGCCACGGUGCCUGGAAGGCUGACUCCCAAACUGCCUCGUCGCGCGUUCUAAAGACAGAAACACCACGUACAACACCAUUGACUCUCUAGCGGUCCGACAGCGAAUCAGCGAAUUCAUGGACCAACAGCUUCCCCAGGCCCGCGGGCGAUCGCUCUCGGCCGCAUCUACCGGCGGGGGACACCACCAGCAGCAGCCUCCCAAUAUAAUAAGAGAUCACUCUCCUUCGCCCGCCCGCUUUCCCAAUCCGAAUGAUGCCGUCGUCUCUUCUAUCGGUCUCGGUCUUGGCCUCGUCGACCAGCAGUUUCCCACCACCCAGCCCGACUACUCGGCUUACAACGCAAACUCCAACAGCUUCUUGAACAACCACCAGCCCUCGCCCCAGCCCUUCUCCCAGCCGGGCUUGUCUGACCCCUCCAACGUCCCUACCUUUGACCUCAACCAGAGCUUCACGGACCCCCUCAAGCCCGAGAACUCCUCCUUUGGCACCUCCGCCUCGAGCACUUACCCCCAGCCUCAGACGCUCCUGGCCCCGAGCUUUGGCGACGCUGACUUCACCAUCUUUCCGCCGAGCCCCGGCGAAUCUCAGUACGACGCCCCGCUGUUUGUUGGCGACAGCCAGCAGCAGCUCAACAGCGCAAACGCCAACAUGAUGGCACAGUCAAACCACAACCAGACCCCUCCUCACCUUCUCAACCCCGAUCCUCAACAGCCUGGCUCUGCCCAGCACUCUCCGUCCUUCAACCAGCAUCAGUUUCCUCCUCCCGGGAGGCAUUCUAGGAAUGUGUCACUCGGGCCCGAGGCGGCGCUUCUUCCGGGCCAGGUAGACUGGACCCGUGCUCAAUUUCAGGGGCAUAGACGCUCCCCCUCCGAGUUCUCUGAUGUCUCCUCCGCCGCGCCUUCUCCCCUCCUCGUCAGUUCCGAUAGUUUCGAGCAGCAUGAUGGCCAUUCACCGAUGGUACGCCCUCAAGAUGCCGGUCUUUAUCAGGAGCUACAUGGCAUUGGAAGCUUUAGCAUCUCGGACCAGGGAGCUCACAGCCCAAAUCACCCCGGAGCCAGGAGUCCAUCACAUAGCCCAGCCAUUUCUCCACGUAUUCUGCCUCAACAGCUGCCUGAUGUGAACCAGAACAACUUCAUGCUCCAAUCACAGGGCAAUUAUGGUCACCCUUCGCCAUAUCUGCAAAGUUCCCAGGAGGCCUUUCCCUCGCUGCCACAGGAAACGGAGAAUAUAACCCCCAACCAAAUGCCAGCACCUCCUUCCAUUAAUAUCGAUUUUGCGCCGACAGCCGUUAGAAACGGGUUUGAUCAGCCCAAGAGCCUCGAUGUCGACUCUCUUACACCGCCGGAAAGAGGACGAAGAUUGGCUCGACCUCGUGCGGUAACAGAUCCGUACAACACGAGCGGAGCGCUUCUUGGUUCCCAUCGUAGCCCUUCCGCCACUGGGAGUUUGUCUCCCAACUCUGCUUCGGAUGGUCGCUCCGAUAUUUCCCGCUCACUCUCUCCACUUGACCGGUCUGGGGCAUCCCCUAACAGACGGCGCCAAUCUACCUCGUCGGUGCCCAACAAUGUCAUUGCCCUUCGGCUGGCGGACCCAGAAUACAACGGCGGCGUGGCUGGCGAGGGUGCCGGUGGCUCAAAGCGUGUCCAAAAACACCCAGCAACCUUCCAAUGCACACUAUGUCCAAAACGCUUUACUCGUGCUUACAAUCUGCGGUCACAUCUCCGCACUCAUACUGACGAGCGUCCGUUUGUAUGUACCGUCUGUGGAAAAGCUUUUGCUCGACAGCAUGACCGCAAACGACACGAAGGACUGCAUUCGGGGGAGAAGAAGUUUGUCUGCAAAGGAGACCUCAAGAGCGGCAGUCAAUGGGGUUGCGGUCGACGGUUUGCCCGUGCGGAUGCGCUCGGCAGACAUUUCCGCUCAGAAGCUGGGCGGAUAUGCAUCAAACCACUUCUCGACGAGGAAAUAAACGAACGACAACGGCAGUGGAACGAACAGCGCAUGCAACAAGCUGCGGUGCAGGGCAUGGUCAUGCAGGCUCCUGGUAUGAUGAUGCCUCCCGGCAUGGACCCGAACGCGGGUGCGUACCCUAUGGACCACAACGGCAACUAUGCGUUGCCACAGGCACUCUUGGCGCAAUACCCAGCUUUGGCACAGAUGAAUUGGUCAGACAUGGGCGGCGGAGGCGGCAUAGAGGACGAUAUCAGCGGAAGAAGCAGCUACGAUGCCAGCGACUAUGACGACGAAGCUGAUGGUGGCUACGUCAGCGGGCCUGGUACCGGGUUUGGGCCCGGGGGGAUGCAGGAGAACUUUGGGGAGAUAGGGUACGCAAGCGACUAUGGAGGACGCUGAUGAUCAGGCUGUUGCUUCCAAAAUACAACACAAAAGAUGAAUUCGUGGAUGGUCUUUGCGUAGCGCGUCGAUUUGAUUGAAGGGGGUUUCUUUUACUUGUCCCUUUUUUUGAACAGCAUAUCAUUACUUUGGGGGGGGCACAUAGAUGGGAGACAGUCCCCCUGUCUUAUAUUUCGUUGGAGAUAUCCGUUUAUGGCCGCAACUUUUACACAGGGCAUCGUUUUUUGGAUGACUUGAUGAUUUUUUUUUAAUUUUUUUUUUUCAAGUAUUGGCCUUAUUUGGGGAUUUUAGCCCAGGAUACGGCGGUGGGCUGGUUUGUUAUGGCGAGGGAAUUUCGAAAAGGAAACAUGUUGGUGUUUUUGGAUUCGAUUUUUGAAAUUAUAUCGGGCGAGAUCGCACGCAUCUGAUGCGAUUUGGUUGCUUAUAGAUACCAAUCUACUAUGUUUUAUUGGCUUCCACUAGACAUCUUUGGUCUUGAUCUCCAGAGAUUGUAAAUAUCUAUCAGCGUCAGAGACUGAAUCACACACAUCUCUGGGCGACGAAAAUAGUGUGGGACGGCACGUAUAACCAGUUCAGUUGGUUCAUGGGGCCGGAUCGACCAGCGAGAGCCGUAGAAAGACCUUGUAGGUGUCCUGAUCGACCUUUAACACAAAUCGAUGUGGAAAAUAACGACAGUGAAUCGAUCCU